GGCAAACCUGGUGGACCUUCAGAAAAAGCUCGAGGAACUGGAGCUGGACGAGCAGCAGAAGAAGCGCCUGGAAGCUUUUCUCACGCAGAAAGCCAAAGUGGGCGAGCUGAAGGACGAUGACUUUGAGAGGAUCUCUGAAUUGGGGGCUGGCAAUGGCGGCGUGGUCACCAAAGUGCAGCACAAACCCUCAGGGCUCGUUAUGGCACGGAAGCUGAUUCAUUUAGAAAUCAAACCGGCCAUCAGGAAUCAGAUUAUCCGAGAGCUGCAGGUGCUGCAUGAGUGUAAUUCCCCAUAUAUUGUGGGUUUCUAUGGAGCUUUCUACAGCGACGGAGAGAUCUCCAUCUGCAUGGAGCACAUGGAUGGUGGCUCUUUGGAUCAAGUGUUGAAAGAAGCCAAAAGAAUUCCUGAGGAGAUCUUGGGGAAAGUCAGUAUAGCGGUUCUGAGAGGCUUGGCGUAUCUGAGAGAGAAGCACCAAAUCAUGCACAGAGAUGUGAAGCCUUCUAACAUCCUGGUUAAUUCUCGAGGAGAGAUUAAGCUGUGUGAUUUUGGGGUCAGCGGUCAACUCAUUGACUCCAUGGCAAACUCUUUUGUGGGAACUCGGUCCUACAUGUCUCCCGAACGGUUGCAGGGCACCCACUACUCGGUCCAGUCCGACAUCUGGAGCAUGGGUCUGUCAUUAGUGGAGCUGUCUAUCGGAAGGUACCCAAUCCCCCCGCCAGACUCCAAGGAACUGGAAGCAAUAUUUGGCCGUCCUGUGGUGGACGGGGCAGAGGGAGAGUCUCACAGCAUCUCGCCGCGGGCCAGGCCCCCAGGACGCCCCAUCAGUGGCCAUGGGAUGGACAGCCGGCCCGCGAUGGCCAUCUUUGAACUGCUGGAUUAUAUAGUUAAUGAGCCACCUCCCAAGCUGCCGAACGGAGUUUUCACGCAAGAUUUCCAGGAGUUUGUAAAUAAAUGCUUAAUUAAAAAUCCGGCAGAACGGGCAGAUCUGAAGAUGCUGAUGAGUCACACUUUCAUCAAACGCUCCGAAGUGGAGGAGGUGGAUUUCGCCGGCUGGCUGUGCAAAACGCUGCGGUUGAACCAGCCCAGCACGCCCACCCGCGCUGCCAUGUGAGGGCCGAGCCGACCGCCUGGUGUCAGUACAUCUGCCUCUGUCACCAUUUCCUCUCCUUCAGUAAAUGACAGAACUGCCCUCCUUCCUUCUCCCC